UACUGUACAUAUUUCUAUUAGUCUAUGACUGGGAUUUUCCCGAAAUACGUUUUUUGCUUGGUUGGCCCCGUUACCCUAACCCAGAGUUCUCAUUCACCCCACAGACACUGAUUUCAAACCCAAGCCCAACACAUCUAUUUCUGUUGUGUAUGUGUUUCGCAGUGUUCUGAUUCCAUCCACCAUUUCCAUUUGGUGGAAUAAGUUAUUCAUUCGCCAUAAAUAUAUUUUUGUAGAUUUCUCAACUUAAUGAAAUUUCAUUAAUUUUCGUUGUACACGUUUUCGGACCGAAUUGUUUUGAUGCUGCAGUGUUUUUGUUACGUAAUACAAAGUUAUUAUUUAUUGUGAUAAUGAUAGAGUGUAGCUACAUAUUCUCCAAAACAAUUAUUUUCAUGUCGGGUCAAUGUUAAUAAGUUUGCAAAAAGUGCUUAAAAUCUUUCAGAAUAACGCUACAAUGGGUACGGAGAUAUCAAAAGAGGAAAAAAAUAAUUCAAGCAAUACAGACCAUGAAACUAAAUAUAUACAAUCAACAACAGAUAUAACAAAAAUACCUAGUGUAUUUGUGAAUAAAGACUUAUUGAACUUUGUGUUGACAGAGCAAAGAGUGACAAAGUAUGAUAGAAAAGUUUAUGAGGUACACGGACAGUUUUAUGCAGAGGAUGAGUAUAAUGAGUUUGGUGACAUCACACCAUUUAAAAUUUAUGCUCAAAAAGUUUCAGAUUCCAAAAAGCUUGAUAUGGAAAUAAAAAUGUGUAACCAUGGAUAUAUAAUUAAUUCGACAAUAUUUCUAAGCAUCGUUAAUUUCCACACAUUAAUGGUUGCUAUUGAUGAUUAUUUAAAUUGUUUUGUUUGCGAUAAAAUUAUUUGGAAAGAAGAUGAGGAUGAUCAUAUCAGGAGUGAUGAACAUCAGAUUAACUUGGAUAAAUAUCCGCCUUUGGAGAAAUUUGGUUUAAGCAUUAUGAGACUGAAAAACGAACACGGCCAUUGUGGCGUUUGCAAUACAGUAUUGCAUAAAAACUAUCUAGAAACCCAUUCGGAAGAGGGAAGUCACUGUGAUAAACAGACGAUAGCAUCUCUAAAUGCUACUCGUACUACGAAGCGGCAUAAAAAAGUAAGACGAAAAAAGAAAAAAGGCGGAAAGCAAAACAAUGAUAAUGCUACGGAUAUUAAGAAUACUGAUACAAAUUUAAUCAAUAAUAAUGUUAUGUCGAUAAUGGAAAUCCAGAAUGAUGAUAAAAAAAUAAAUAACGACGAAAAAACAACAAGAGCAGAGAUGAACAAUAAUGAUACGAAUAAUGAGGAAGCAGCACUUACAGAAAUCGAGAAUAAUGAUGACAAUGCAAAUGGAAAUAAUGAUUGUGCAAUGAAUAAAGAAAUAAAUAAUGAUGAAUCAUACGAAAAUACAUUAAUGAAAUCCACAGUUUCUGUUAAAGUUCUGAAUAAUGUUCUAGAAAUGUCAUAUUAUACUUGGAAUAUGAUUUGUAUUAGUAAAGCAUCUAAAAGUAAUACAUUUUAUUGUAUGGCUUGCAAGAUUGCCAAUCAAUUAGAAAAAAUUGAAAAUCAUAUCGUUGAAAAAGUGCAUGAUGAUAAUUUGAAAAGAUUUAAAAUUAAUCAUAUUUACAAAGAUCAUGUUAUUCGACAGGAUGACAAGUUCAGUCACUGUGGUACAUGCAAUACUGUACAUUUUUUGAGCGGAAUCGACGAACAUAUUAGUAAAAUGCAUAAAAGUAAGAAAGCAGUUGCAGAACCACUGAGUUCACCUGAAUCCCAUUUAGGAAAUAAACAAAUUCUGAAAGAUAAAUGUCUUCUUUCCGAAACCAGAAAUAAAAAUAAUGAAAAAACAAAUAUAGAUGCAAACAUUAAUGAUAAAAUAAAUGCAAUCAUUAAUGAAAGACAUUUCGUGAUUUUAUGCGGAUAUAAAAUCAAUAUUUCAUUGAUGUCUCUUCACGUUAUUUUUCGUUAUGUGAACGGAUUCUAUUGUGGACUGUGCAGAAUUAAUUUUCCAUUCUUUUAUAUACAAGUUCAUAUAUGUAAUCCUAUGCAUUUACUUUUGUUGAAAUCUGUACCGGCGUUGCCUCAAUAUGGCUAUAAUUAUAUAAGAUUGGUCAAUGGGUUACCGCAUUGUGGCAUUUGCCAUUGUGUUGUACAACCAGACUUACUGUUGCACCACAUUCAGAACGCAGGUCAUGUAAUAUUGACCAACUUAGCUCUUGGCAAGGCUAUGUUACAGAAUUUUCCAACUGCUGCUGGAAUAGAGACAAGACUAAAUAACGAUGUAGCAAACAUAAAUAACGAUGUUGCAAACAUAAACAAUGACAAUGAAAAUAUAAAUAAUGAUGUUGGAAACAUAAAUAAUGAUGUUGCAAACAUAAAUAAUGACGAUGAAAAUAUAAAUAAUGAUGUUAGAAACAUAAAUAAUGAUGUUGAUAACAUAAAUAAUGUUGUUGCGAAUAAAAUUGACGAUAUUUCUAAACCAAGCAGCGAUUUUUUAAAUGAUAACAAUAACGUUUCUAAUAUGAAUAAUGAUGCCACAACUAUUAACAACGAUGAAAUUGAAAAUACACAGACUUCGUCAGUUGACGAUGGAAAUAUAGUGAAUGAUGUUUUGGUUGAAAAAACAAAUGAAUCAGGUUUAGCCGAGAAAUUCUCAAAUAAAGACAGCAAAAUUGAUUCAGCAGAUGUUUUUGAAAUAGAAGUUGCUUUAGGUAGAUCUAAAAUUACAUUAAUGUCCUACCACGCUAUGGUGCCUAAAGGCGACGGAGAUAGACAUUGCUUUCUUUGUAGAAAAAAUGUGGAAUACGAUCAGGUGAAAAAUCAUAUUGAUAGUGAUUUGCAUAUGGAAAAUAUGAAGAAACACAAAUUUUUAAUUGAAUAUGGCGAAAAUUUUAUUAGACAGAAUACUUUAUUGUACCACUGUGCGUUUUGCAACACAAUAUUGAGACGCGCUGAUUUUAAAGCGCACUUAAACUGUACGUCACAUGAAAAUAACAAGAAAUUAAUGUCAUCAUUUAAAAAGAAGCAAUUAAAAAAAUAUAUAUGUAAAGCCUACGAAAAGCAAAAAGAGUGCAUAUUCUUCCGCGAAAAGGAGACAGAUAUAAAAGUUACUCUGUCACUUUGUAAAACAAAUGAUGAAUCUAUAGAAAUUUUAAAGCAAAACGAGUUUGAUUUACCGCGCAAAAAUGAUAUAGAGACAAAAUCGAACGCGUCAUCUUCUACCACAAAUACUGAACCCAACGAAAAUUUGAAGAAAACCCAGACUUAUUCAUCGUGCCUAAAGGCAUUGAUGUUUACAGACAGUCUUUCAACUUCCGCCACAAAUGUUAAUUCGAAUGAAAAUUCCAAACAAAGCGGGUCUAAUUUAUCGUGCGAAAAAGAAUCACAGAUUAUAAUAGACAGUCUGUCAACUUUUAUCACAGAUGUUGAAUCCAAUGAAUGCGAAAAGGUAUCAGAAAUUGUAGACAGUCUCUCAACUUCUACCACAGAUGAUUCUAAAGAAAAUUUGAAGCAUAGCGAGUUUAAAUUAUCCCGCCAACAAUUUGACAUUGAAGACUGUAUGUCAACGUCAAAUAAAAAAUUAAAACAAAAAGAAUCUUUAUUCUUCCAUAAAAAUGAACCAGAGGUCAACGCGAGCGUGUCUUCGUCCACACAGCUUAUGUCGAAUGUAAAUUUUAAAAAGAGGAAGCUAGUGAUAUUGAAAGGUUACAAUUUAAAAUACGCAUUGAAUUGGGAGGCGUGGCAUGCGAUUUCCAAAGUUAGAAAUACUUACCAAAGAUGUUCACAUAAAUGCUUAUUAUGCAGGGACCUUUUAAAUAAUAAGAAAGAUAUAUAUAAUCACGUUAAUAGCGUAAAACAUACGUGUAACUUAAGGCUGCCUUUUAUGACUGAAUAUUUUCCUGAUUUACUUAGACAGAUCGACGAAUCAACCAUCAAUUGUGUUGUAUGCAACACUGAAAUAUAUAACAUUUGUAAUAUAAAUUGUCAUGUGUCAGGUCAAAAUCAUAAAAAUAAUUUUAAAAUGUUUUUGACCAAUAGCUGUGACAAAACUGGCUGUUUAGAAGAAGUUUUAGUACUAUGAUUUUGACAUAUCAAGAUUUCUAAUAUUUACGUAAAAAUAAAAAUUAAGAAAUUUUAUAAAAUUCUUAGUUAGUAAAGCAAGUGGUGAUAACAUUUUUUUAUAACCUAAAUUAAGACUGUUGGCUUUGUCUAUCCCGCAAGCUAUAUAGACGUAAUUCUAGACGUAUGUAACGUAUCAGUGGCGUAGCGUAGUGGGGGCGGCAGGGGCGGCCCGCCCCGGGCGGCACUUUUACGGGGCGGCAAAAUUUAACAAUAAAUAAUAAAAAUAUUUUGUAAAUAUUUGAACCAUUUUAUAUUUUUAUCGCAACUACAAAUUCGGACCGAUUGAAAGGAGCUCGGAAUUUUUCAUUGCUUAUUUUGUGACGAAUUCGGGGAAUCCUUUCUCUUUGAAUGAUAUUUUGUAGCGACUGGCAACAACCUCUAUACUGGUUUGUGGGAAUUCCCCGUUUAUGACUAACAAUCAGCGAGAAUGACUUCUAUUACAUAUAUAUUAAGUUCAAUAUAGCUUAUUACACCUACGGGGAAGCCCCUUUAAAGUACGGGGAAUUACGUGCUUUGACAAAGUUUGACAAUUCAGAGAAAGUUUUAUUGAUGGAUCGUCAGUUGUCCAAUUCACAUUGUCUCGUAUUUUAACUAUGUUACGCUUUCUAAAUUGUGAUUUUUGUGCAAAUAAGUACGUGUAGUAGUGGUGAAAUUAUUGAACAACUUUUAACUGUGUGAGUAUUAAAUAUUAUAUUUAUCUAAUUGUAUGUUGGACUAUCUGAUAUGUUUUUCAAACUUUAAUUUUUUGAAGUGAAAACUUCUUUAGCGGCGUUGAGCACUUUUUCUGUAAUGGGUAUAAAAUCUUAAACUCGCGUCAGGACACGUGACCCUGAUCGAAAAAGCGUAAGACGACACGUGACCUGAUGUGGGCAAGCGCAGCGGCGGAGGGCGAGGGGGGCCUGCUGUUAUAUAGCAACCCAAAUCUAAAAAAUUACAAAAAUCCUGAUACUUUUGAUACCAGGCCCUAUUAAGGGUUAAUAAAUUUCCAAAUAUUUACUUACAAAUAUUCAAGUUUCUACCUGUUUAUUAAGAUCGAGUAAAAAUUGCUUAGUUUUGUUUACAACUCUAACC